CGGGCGGAAACGCUGAUGGAACUCCAUGGAAACGGGGGACUGGCGUGCUAGCUUGGUGGAGAAUAGCAUAGUUAGCUAGCUAUCGUUAAAAAAAGGUUCCGUUAAACGUGGCUGCGCCCUUAAUAUUUACUCUCUGUCUGCAGAGAUGAGCCGUACUCCCGAUGCAAGAGUGAGUAAAUCGCACUGCGGAAAACAGGACAGUCAGACGAGGAGGAUCCAGGAAAACAUCACCAAUGUGGAGAAACACUUCGGAGAGAUGUGCCAACUGUUUGCCGGCUACGUCCGCAAAACAGCCAGGCUUCGAGACAAGGCAGACCUUCUGGUCCGGGAAAUCGGUGUCUACGCGGACACAGAAACGCCAAACCUUAAGAGGGGCAUGAAGCAGUAUGCGGACCACCUGGCCAAGAUUCAAGACUAUCGCCAAGCUGAGGUGGAAAGACUUGAAGCCAAAGUCAUAGAGCCGUUAAAAAGCUAUGGAGCUGUCGUGAAACGCAAAAGGGAGGAUCUGAAGACGACUCAGAGUGCCAGAGACAGAGAAGCCAAACAGAUGGCUCAGCUUGAGAGGACCAGACAUAGAAACCCUUCAGACAGGCAGAUCAUUUCUCAGGCUGAGAGUGAGCUGCAGAGAGCCACCAUGGAUGCCACACGGACCACCAAGCAGCUGGAGGAGACCAUAGACGAGUUUGAGAAGCAGAAGAUCCGGGACAUCAAGAAAAUAUUUGGCGAGUUUGUGACGGUGGAAAUGUCAUUCCACGCCAAGGCUUUGGAGGUGUACACCCUGGCCUACCAGAGCAUUCAAAGCGUGGACGAGGAGGAGGACCUGGAGGUGUUCAGGAGCUCCCUGCACCCCCCUGACUACCACUCACGACUAGAUAUAGUGCGAGCUAAUUCCAAAACGUCCCUCGAUCGGACUGGGUCCUUCCUGAGCACAACGGGCACCUUACAGCAACAAAGAGCCGGCAGCCGCCAGACGAGAAGAGAGGAGGAGGAAGAGGACGACGAGGAGGAUGAAGAUGAAUCUGAAGAGGAGGAGGGUGAUGAGGAUGAAGAGGAGGACACAGAUGAUGAAAAUUAAGCUCUCUUAAAUUAAUCCAAUUUGUUUUUAUUGGGUUUAUGAACUUUUUUUUUUUUUUUUGCAGAAGAAAAGCUUUGUCAUUGCCAAACCCGCCUCACGCAGGUGGUCUGAGCAGUAUUGUGAUGUCUUAUUUUUUUUUCUCCUAUGAAAUCUGUUUACUUACUACAAUUUGUAUUCCAGCCAACUAAUGUCUUAUUUUUUUAUAUAGCACACACAAGUCAAAACGCUACUCCUAUGGUGUUUAUUAAUAAAAACAACCAAUAAAAUGUGAAUAGGA